AUGGCCUUGCUCAAAUUCUGGUAUAACCGACAGGAGGCAUCAGAUCGUCAUAUUCUGAAAUUUAGUGGGUGGUGGUGCAAGGACCAAGUGAAAUCUCCUGUGAAACCUGUAGCAUCGGAUACCGAAGAGGAAUCGACCGUCAGGUCAUCUAAGGCGGAGAAAACCAAAAAGUCUUUCUCAAGAAAAACUUCUCGGGAGAAGACGGCAACAGGCCGGGUGGAUGAUGAUUUCACCGGUAGCUCGGAUGAUGAAAGAGUUCCCGAGAAAGUACCACAACGCCAGGUACAACUAAGAAAGACAAGGCAGGUGGUUGAAGAAUCAUGGGAAGAUUCGGAGGCAGACUCUAACGGUGACGAGCCUCAUACGUUUCCGGCCCAGGUGAAGCACAAGCAAAAACCACUGAUGAAACAUGCCUCGGCAGCUCGGAAGAAACGGCAGCUCGAAGACUCGUCGGAAUAUUUACAAGUUGAAGAACCUGAAGAGAAUGUGAAACCUCCGGCAAAGAAACCACAGGUGAAGCAGAAUCCUGGUCGCAAGAUUGGUCCUGCUUCUCGUACUGCUGAAAUACCGCGCCGAGAUCAGAUUCAACAGCCUCGUGGUAAAGAGGGCACCUCGUCCAUCCUGCCAAACUCUGUCGAGUCUGCCUCAGCUCCAGCCCCAUCGGGCAAGAGGCCUGCUCCUGUGCCAACACUGAAUAAGCCGGGCCCAAAUAAAAAGAGAGCUAGAGCAGAUCCGGAUGAAAUGAAUGUAGCAGAUGCAUCUCCUGCGAAACGCACCAGGAGUCAGACAAAGAAACCGGCACCAGCCAAACGAACGUGCAAAGCAACACGACAAUGA